AUGACGGUCAACACCCCAGUUAUUCAGUCUAUCAUUCAUGGUCUCCUCAACAGCGGUGACCCUAAAGAUUCCAUUCCUUUGGCUGGAGGCCUGCAGCUGCAGGUUCUCCCGAGGAUGACCGAUUUGCCCAGGUGCCAAAAGCAUCAGUAUGCGGCUUUCAUCCUCGACCCACCACUGCUUGCUGUGUGGGAUGACGAUGCGAACAGAAUUCAUGCGAGAGCCGAGAGUCUCGAGCACAUGAUCAUCUCCUUCAUUUGGAAGACAGAGGACGGCGAGGAUGAGGAGGGCGACGAGAAGAACGAGAAGGGAGUUGAAAUCAACAUUCAUGAACUUUCCCCCGCCGCCCUUGAAGAGGCGCUCAAGGCCGAGACUCGACCAAUUCAGCUUACCAGCUCCAUGGUCGUUUCCCUUGCCUUGGGCCUGUCUGUGUCGUGCUUGGGUCUUGGUUACCGAGCCCUUGCAUUGCAAUCUGCUGUUGACGGCACAUAUACUCGUUGGGCGCUCGUUGCAGUCACUCCAGCCACUCUCUUCAUUUCCUUGUUCUUCUUCCUCUCGAUCGCCGGUAACAUCUUCCAACUUGUCGGUCCAAUUUCUGGUGUCAACUCCAACUCCAAGAACUACUCUGGCAAGCCUCCUCGCCGCAUGAACCCUGUAAACGGCGAGCUGCCUCACGUCACUAUCCAGAUGCCGGUCUACAAGGAGGGUUUGAACGCCGUCAUCAAACCUACUGUGCUUUCACUCAAGGCUGCCAUCUCAACCUACGAGAUGCAGGGUGGCACUGCCAAUAUUUUGGUCAAUGACGAUGGUAUGCAGCUUAUCGACGAGGAUGAGGCACAGGCUCGCAGGGACUUCUACGAGGAACACAACAUGGGAUGGGUUGCCCGCCCCGGUCACAACCCUAACCCUCAGAACCCCGGCGAGCAGCCCUUCAUCCGUAAGGGUCGCUUCAAGAAGGCCUCCAACAUGAACUACGCUCUGAUGACCAGCAUCAAGGUCGAGGAGAAACUUCAGGAGCUCGAACGCGGAACAAGGUGGGGUCAGGAAAGCGAGGAUCAGGCUUACGCAGAGGCUCUCACAGUAGUCCUUGAGGAGUCUGAGGGUCGCACCUGGGCUGACGGCAACAUUCGUAUUGGUGAUUACAUCCUACUCAUCGAUUCCGACACUCGUGUCCCUCGUGACUGCCUUCUCGACGCUGUCAGUGAGAUGGACGCUUCCCCUGAGGUUGCCAUCAUCCAGUACACCUCCGGCGUCAUGAACGUCUCGGACUCGUUCUUUGAGAGGGCUGUCACUUGGUUCACGCAGAUGAUUUACACCAUGAUCACCUUUGCUGUUGCCAACGGUGAUAUUUCUCCCUUUGUCGGCCACAACGCCGUUCUCCGCUGGUCUGCGAUCCAGGAUGCUGCCUCCUACUAUGACGAAGACGAUGGUUAUGAGAAGUUCUGGUCCGAAUCUCACGUCUCUGAGGAUUUCGAUAUGGCUUUGCGUCUCCAAACCGCUGGCUACUCCAUCCGCUACGCUGCUUACACUGGCGAUGGCUUCAAGGAGGGUGUGUCCCUGACUGUCUACGACGAGCUGGCCCGCUGGGAGAAGUACGCCUAUGGUUGCAACGAGCUGCUGUUCCACCCUCUUCGCUUCUGGCUUAUCCGUGGUCCAUUCACGCCGCUCUUCCUCAAGUUCAUCUGCUCUAAUAUUGCUUUCUACCGCAAGAUCACCAUCCUGUCUUACAUCGGAACGUACUAUGCCAUUGGAGCCUCAUGGAGUCUUUCCUUGUUCAACUACUUCUUCACCGGCUGGUUCUUCGGCGAGUAUGACAAGUACUACCUUGAUUCUUUUGCAACCUACUUCUCGCUCAUUAUCGUCUUCCCUCUCUCCGGCAACGUCGCCCUGGCUGUCCUUCGCUACAGACUGGGCGAGAAGUCUCUUCUCGCAGCCCUGUGGGACAACUUCAAGUGGAUGCCCAUCUUCUGCAUCUUCCUUGGCGGUAUUCCUCUCCACGUUUCCAAGGCACUGCUCUGCCAUUUCUUCGAGAUCGACAUUCAAUGGGGCGCGACGUCUAAGGAAGUCGAAAACUGCAACUUCCUCGAAGAAAUCCCCAAGAUUCUCAAGAGCUUCGCUGGCACAUUCGUCUUCUGUUUCGGUGUGACGGCUCUUGUUGUGUGCGGCUACUACGUCUUCCCCGUACAAUGGCAGAUCCGCACCUUUGCGACCAUCUUCCCGGUGUGCGUCAGCGUCAUCUCGCACUUUGCACUGCCGGUGCUCCUGAACCCAGCGUUGAUGAAGUUCACUUUCUAG